AUGAUCGUCGUUAGACUGGGUGGAGGAAGAUACUCGGCCAAGCAACCAUCAGCGUCAAGCGACCAUGAAAGAAAUAGUCGCAAUGAUGAACACAGAAGCAAUAACAACAGCAACAAAAACCUUUCACAUUCCCAAUCACAGAAUUCAAUGAGUUGGAGAACACAUGGCAGCGGUGGAAUCUUAAAACCGGAAAGAAGGUACACGAGAUGGAAAAAGGUAGAAACACAUCAAGAAUAUUUAGAAACUCGAAUACUUGCUGAAGCUUGUUCAUAA